CUCCAAUGUCCAACCCGAUGCCCUUAACCAUCGUCUCAAGCUUCAAACAGUGAACCUCCACGCUCCCCCGAAUGACGAAACUGCCCCUAGUAUCUUCUCAAAUUUACCCACUUUGGAGUUUCCGUCAUGCUUCACUUCACUGAGCUUAAGCACUCUACUUUCAUGGAUGUCUUAGAAACUCGGCCCCGGUCGUGCUCUAUUUUAUCUUCACGAAUUCCCUCUUCUCCGAUUCGUUCCUUUAAGUUCCUAUCACCGUUUCCUUACUACCAUAGUCCCCUUGGAAAUGUGUUCAGAUUUAAUCUUUGUGCUGGCAAUCAUAAUCUUUUGAAAAGGUCCCCAGUUAUGUCUUCAAAGAAAGGCAAGCCAACUGCCACUUUUGAAGAACUAUGUGAAGUAGUUUGGACUGUGGAAGCAGAUCUGGCAGAAGGUCAACUUCUCUACCUUAGUGGGGAAUCUGUUGCCUUAGGUUCCUGGAAACCAGAGAUGGCAAUCCUGGUGUCUCCUACUGAACAUGCAAACAUAUGGAGGGCUGAAGUCAAGAUAGCUUGUGGUGUAAAUUUCAAGUAUAACUAUUUCAUAAAAGAAGAAAUGCAGCCUUUAUCUGAUAUCACUUGGAGACCUGGGCCACAGUUUUCUUUGUCAGUUCCACCACCUAAGAAGCAAGAAAGACAAAUUGUGGUGAGAGAUUUGAUGAGGUCUAAAUCUGAAACCUGCACAACACAUGCUUGGGGUUCAUGGAUCGAAGAAACUAAUAUUCCAAUAAAACCUUCAGUCUUUCCAGCCGAAGAUGAAGAUGAGAUUAAGGAACAUCAUGAAAGUGAUCUAAGCAAGUCAAAGCAAUUCUUGAAUGACCUUAUAGUCAUGGAUGAAAUAGAACCAAGUGAUAUGGUUGCACUUAAUGAUGCAGAGGGGGGAUCAUAUUCUACUACUUGUGAAAGAGACCAGCCUGUUGAGGAACCUUGGUUUUUCCAUUCACCUCUGUUCUUUCUCAGUUUUGAUGAUGUUAUGGAGGCCAACAGUGUCAAAGAUGAGAAAAUCAGGUUGGAAGCAAAUAAUCAGAACGACCAAAUUACUGAAAAAAAUUUGUCUGAAGAAAGCAGUCGUGUAAUUUCCAAGGACUCUGUAUCUACUGUUAUACUGAUUAAUUCUUCGAUAUGUACAAUGCAAAGGAUUGCUGUGCUGGAAGGCGGUAAAUUGGUUGAGUUGUUACUUGAACCAGUUAAAGCCCAUGUACAGUGUGAUAGUGUAUAUUUAGGUGUAGUUAUGAAACUUGUUCCCCAUAUGGGUGGUGCAUUUGUAAAUAUUGGAAGCUCAAGACACUCUCUUAUGGACAUAAAGCACAACAGGGAACCGUUCAUAUUCCCUCCAUUUCGUCGUACAAAAAAAAACCGAGCCAAAGAUUUGGUUUCUGGAGAUCCUGGUGAGCCUUCAGCUGCUAAUGAAACUGAACCUUCCUCCGAAGAUGUUGUUUUCAUUGAAGAUGCCACAGAAUAUGACUCUGAGGAUGAGGAUUUGCAGUUUAUGCAUAAUAACUCUAAUGAUAAUGAUGUUGGCGAUGAUUUUGAUGUUUUCAGAGUUCUUAAAGAGAGCGUGAAUGGUAGUGUAGUUGAUUAUGGUGAAGUGGAUGCUGAUUUUGAAGAUUUAUUAGAUGGAGAGCACCACCUAGAAGAAGGAAAUUUUCUUGGUGCCUCUUCUUUAGAAAUAUCUAAUAGCUGCUCUGUGUCACAUUCCCAAGAUGGAGAGUAUGCUGAUGAAAACAAGUGGCACUAUGUCCGAAAAGGCACCAAAGUAAUUGUGCAAGUUGUUAAAGAAGGAUUGGGUACAAAAGGUCCCACACUGACUGCUUAUCCAAAAUUAAGAAGCAGAUUCUGGAUAUUACUCACCCGUUGUGACAGAAUUGGAGUCUCCAAAAAGAUCACCGGCGUUGAGCGUACACGUCUGAAAGUCAUAGCAAAAACAUUGCAGCCUCAGGGAUUUGGUCUAACCGUAAGGACUGUUGCGACUGGACGUUCUUUGGAGGAGCUGCAGAAAGACUUAGAAGGGUUGCUUUCAACUUGGAAAAAUAUAGUCGAACAUGCUAAAUCUGCGGCUCUUGCAGCAGAUGAAGGUGUAGAAGGGGCAACACCUGUUUUGCUGCACAGAGCAAUGGGCCAAACACUCUCAGUUGUUCAGGAUUACUUUAAUGAUAAUGUUAACAAAAUGAUAGUUGACUCACCAAGAACAUAUCAUGAGGUUACCAACUAUCUGCAGGAUAUAGCUCCUGAUCUUUGUGAUCGAGCAGAGUUAUAUGACAAAAGGAUUCCUCUUUUUGAUGCAUUCAACAUUGAGGAAGAGAUCAACAGUAUCCUCAGCAAAAGGGUUCCACUCCCAAAUGGAGGUUCCUUGGUGAUUGAACAAACAGAGGCCUUAGUUUCAAUUGAUGUAAAUGGAGGACAUGGAAUGCUUGGUCAUGGAGCAUCACAGGAAAAAGCCACUCUGGAUGUCAAUCUUGCUGCCGCAAAACAAAUUGCAAGGGAGUUACGGCUUAGGGACAUCGGUGGCAUUAUCGUUGUGGAUUUCAUUGAUAUGGAAGAUGACUCAAAUAAGAGACUAGUAUAUGAAGAAGUAAAGAAAGCAGUUGAGAGAGAUCGAUCAAUGGUGAAAGUCUCUGAAUUAUCGAAACAUGGGCUAAUGGAAAUAACAAGAAAGAGGGUUCGGCCUAGCGUGACAUUUAUGAUUAGUGAACCCUGUACUUGCUGUCAUGGUACAGGGAGGGUUGAAGCUUUGGAGACCUCCUUUUCAAAAAUUGAACAAGAAAUUUGCCGAUUACUAGCGGUGAUGAAACAGAAGGCAAACCAUGAAAAUCCUAAAUCUUGGCCAAGAUUUGUCCUGAGGGUUGACCAACACAUGUGUAAUUACUUAACUUCAGGGAAAAGGACCAGACUUGCCAUCUUGAGUAGUUCCCUGAAAGUGUGGAUUCUUUUGAAGGUUGCACGAGGUUUCACCCGGGGAUCAUUUGAAUUGAAACCAUUUACAGAUGAGAAAGCAGACAAAAAUCAGCACCAAGUUGCUAUUUCGAUGCUACGUACAGCAGAAGCUGGAACUAGCAAAUCUGGCAAGAAACUGACUCUUGUUCCAGUUAAGAGGGGCAAGGUUAAUAGGAAAUAACAGAGUAGGAUUGACUGAGCUUAUAAAACGCGGGAUCUUUCCCUGGGUCUUAUAUUCGAAGAGAGGGUCAGACGAACGAAGAGGAAGUGAUGGUUUAGUAUCAAAUUGAUUUCCAGGGCCUUCUCGCUGUUGGUACCCCAUACAAUACAAGUAAACCAGGCUAACACCUACAUUUUUCUUUCAUAAUACUUGGCAUGCCGAUUUUGAUAUUGAGAACAUCUUUCUUGACAACAAAGCGAGUGGUUUAUGAGUCGGAGGAUAAAGUUUUGCCGUAAAUGGUCUACUUAUCAUUUGGCGAGGAAUCAAGUUUUAUACCACUGUAGUUUAUAUCAGAGCUUUAGAGUAAUCUAUAAAUAAUGAAAACCAACCAUCUCAAUUCAUUCUAAUUUAAGAAUGCAUUCUCCAGGAGAGUAAUAGGUUGCUCUCCAAUCCUGCAUUCUAAUUCCAAUGGGUGAAUA